CUUGAUAAAGACAAAAAAUAAAUAUACUUUAAAUCUAUUAUGUUGGCAGCAUCGUUCAGAGAGUGUUCUUCAUUCCGGUACACUUGGGUAGUCUCUUUCCGGCUGGACGUAGCCUGUAGUAGGAUCCCACCAUGGGGAAGAUUAUGAAACCCAACAAAGUGGUGCUCGUUUUGAGCGGGCGUUACGCGGGCAAAAAAGCAGUCAUUGUGAAGAAUUUCGAUGAAGGUACAUCAGAUAAGCAAUAUGGCCAUGCCCUAGUUGCUGGUAUUGAUAGGUAUCCGAGGAAAGUACACAAACGGAUGGGGAAAAAGAAGAUUCACAAAAGGUCUAAAAUAAAGCCAUUCCUUAAGGUUAUGAACUACAAUCAUCUGAUGCCAACCAGGUACACAUUAGAUUUGGAAAAUGAGAAAAUUAACCAUAAAGACCUGAAAGACCCGAUGAAGAAGAAGAAACUGCGAUUUAAAGUCAGAGUCAGGCUAGAAGACAAAUACAAAACAGGCAAGAACAAGUGGUUUUUCCAGAAGUUAAGAUUUUAAUCGCCUUGUUAUCGUGUCUUAAUAAAAAAUGUAAAAUCUA